AAGUUACUAUUUCCGUUUUCAUUGCUGAAUAGAUUGAUUAUAUUUUUGUGCCGGAAAAAGUUACGAAAAGUGAUAACGUUAUUUAAACGAAGAUAAGCUAAUAUAUAAUUUUGCCUAACAGCCCUUUAAAAGAGCGUAGUACGCCCGGGAUAAUAUGGUUGGAUCAAGAGUUUAUGUCGGUGGUUUGCCUUAUGGAGUUCGUGAGAGAGAUUUGGAGCGCUUUUUUAAAGGUUAUGGUCGAACCCGCGAUAUAUUGAUUAAAAAUGGAUAUGGCUUCGUUGAAUUCGAAGAUUAUAGAGAUGCGGAUGAUGCAGUAUAUGAGUUAAAUGGAAAGGAAUUAUUGGGGGAGAGAGUGGUUGUUGAACCUGCAAGGGGCACCGCUCGAGGCAGUCAUAGAGACAGAUAUGACGAUCGAUAUGGCAAUCGUCGAGGUGGUGGUGGUCGCUAUAAUGACAAAAACAAAAAUUCCAGAUCAUCCUCCCGAUAUGGGCCGCCGUUGCGUACAGAGUACCGUCUAAUUGUGGAAAAUUUGUCGAGUCGUGUUAGUUGGCAGGAUUUGAAAGAUUAUAUGAGGCAAGCAGGAGAAGUUACUUACGCUGAUGCACACAAGCAACGUCGUAAUGAAGGCGUUGUAGAGUUCGCUUCAUUGUCAGAUAUGAAGACUGCUAUUGAAAAACUGGAUGAUACCGAUUUGAAUGGACGUCGCAUACGUUUGGUUGAAGAUCGUCGUGGAGGCCGAGGCGGUGGCGGCGGAGGACGUGGAAGAUCCCGUUCGUCAAGCUCUCGAUCCCGAUCUCGUUCACGCAGACGUUCCCGUUCCAGGUCCCGUCGCUCCUCCAGAUCACGCUCAAAGUCUCGUAGUCGCUCCAAGUCCCGUGGUGCACGUUCAAAGUCAAAGUCGCCAGUGAAAUCACGCUCACGAUCACGCUCAAACAAAUCUCGUGAACUAUCUAAAUCCAAAUCCAAGUCGAGGUCCCGCUCACAUUCUCGUUCUCCCAAACGUGAUUCUCGUUCACGUUCACGUUCAGUUUCGAAACGAGAAUCGCGUUCCCGUUCGCGAUCUAAAUCACGAAGAGAUUCUCGCUCACGCGACCGUUCUGCCUCACCAGACAACAAAUCACGCUCCCGUUCGCGGUCGGUUUCGCCUAAAAAUGGAAACGCCUCACCAGACAGAAAUGAAAGUAUGGAUGAUUAGACAUACUAUUGACAUUUCAACAAUACUUUACUAUUAUUAUUAAUCUUUAUCCAACAACCUCCUAAAAAUUUUUAAUAAAUAUUUCAACUAUGAAUACUAAAUCAACAUUAAUGUAUGAAAUUAUGUAUGUAUGUAGUUUGCCACAUUUAAAUAAUAAAAAAAUGGUAAAUUUAAUUAUACUGGUUUAUUUAAGUAAUCACUUUCGCCAUUUGGCUAGAGGUAGAUUUUUUUUUUAGAAAUGUAUGUAUUGGAAUAUUUGCUAAUAUAUUUUAGUCUCUGUCUUUAUGCUGAGCACCUUUACGAGCUUUUUAUAUAUGUACGCAUUCCUCAGUUUUGUAAGUUUUUUUUUACCGUAAACAAUAAGGUAAAUAAUUGGCACAGAGAACCACUAUGAUUUGUAAAUGGAUAUGAUUACGAAUAAAGUUAUUUAACACUAAAA